GCCGCCGCUCCGCCGCGCGCCCGAGCGCUCCCGGGAAGCCGCCUCAGCCGUCCCCGCGCGGCGGGGCCGCGCCGCCCGCCCGCCGCCAUGUCCGGCGGCGACUCCACGGCCGCGGCCGCCGCCGCCUCCCCGCAGCCGCUGCCUUUCUCUCUGCCCAAGCCGCCGCCCCUCAUGCAGCUGACGCCGGGCGACGCCGUGCGGCCGGUGGGCUCGGGCGCCGACCAAUCGCCGAAGAGCGCGCGGCUGGCGGCGCGGCCCGAUUGGCCGGCGGGGAAGCCCGUCAGCCUGCUGGCGCCGCUGCUCCCGCCCCGCGGCGAGCCCGAGCCGCUGCUGCCCUUCGGGCCCGCCGCGCCAAGGCCGCCGCUGCGCGGCCGCCUCCUGGGCCGCUGCGGGGGCUCCCUGCUCAGCCCCGCCAUGCGGCCCGGCGCCGUGGACCGCGGCUCCCUCAUGAUGGGACACCCAGGGAUGCCCCACUACCCCCCCAUGGGCAUGCACCCCAUGGGGCAGAGACCCCCCAACAUGCCCCCAGUGCCCCAUGGGAUGAUGCCUCAGAUGAUGCCCCCCAUGGGAGGGCCCCCCAUGGGGCAGAUGCCAGGAAUGAUGCAGUCAGUGAUGCCUGGGAUGAUGAUGUCCCACAUGUCCCAGGCUGCCAUGCAGCCCACAGUUCCUCCAGGAGUGAACAGCAUGGAUGCACAAGUAGGUGUGACCCCUCCUGGAACUCAGACAACCCAUCCUGUGGUCUCCACAGUCCAGCAAAGCUCCACCAGCACCAGCUCUGCCACUGAGGACCACUCCAAACAGAAAUCCACGUGGACAGAGCACAAAUCCCCAGAUGGAAGAACUUAUUACUACAACACUGAGACCAAGCAGUCCACCUGGGAGAAGCCAGAUGACCUCAAAACCCCUGCUGAGCAAUUGUUAUCCAAGUGUCCCUGGAAGGAAUAUAAAUCAGAUUCUGGCAAACCUUAUUAUUAUAAUUCCCAAACAAAGGAAUCCCGUUGGGCCAAACCCAAAGAGCUGGAGGAUCUUGAAGCAAUGAUUAAAGCUGAAGAAAACAGCACGAAGCCGGACGACGCCGCCGCCGCCCCGGCCGCGGCCACCGACGCCGUGAGCGGGGCCAGCGCCGCGCCGGGCACCGAGGGCAGCGCGGCCACCGCUGCUGCCACAGCGGGGGCUGCUGAGGGGGACCCUGCUCCUGCUGCUGCCACCACAGGGGACACCGAGAGCGCUGGCACUGCCACCGCCGAGGAGCAGGGCCCGCCCAGCGCCGGCGCCCAGGACGGCGGCACCGACGGCACCGCCGGCAGCGGGGAGGAGACGGGCAAGCAGGAGGGGACUGCAGAUGCUGCCGCAAAGAAGGAGGAUGAGGAUGCCCAGCCAGUGAAAAAAACCUACACAUGGAACACAAAGGAAGAGGCCAAACAAGCCUUUAAAGAACUGCUAAAAGAAAAGCGGGUUCCAUCCAAUGCUUCCUGGGAGCAGGCCAUGAAAAUGAUCAUUAAUGACCCCAGAUACAGUGCUUUGGCAAAACUGAGUGAAAAGAAGCAAGCCUUCAAUGCUUACAAAGUUCAGACAGAGAAGGAGGAGAAGGAAGAAGCCAGAUCCAAGUACAAGGAAGCCAAGGAAUCCUUCCAGCGUUUCCUGGAAAACCAUGAGAAGAUGACAUCCACCACCAGAUACAAAAAAGCUGAGCAGAUGUUUGGGGAGAUGGAGGUGUGGAACGCCAUAUCCGAGCGGGACCGCCUGGAGAUCUAUGAGGAUGUUCUGUUCUUCCUGUCCAAGAAGGAGAAGGAACAAGCCAAGCAGCUGAGGAAGAGGAACUGGGAAGCUCUGAAGAACAUUUUGGACAACAUGGCCAAUGUCACCUACUGCACCACGUGGUCAGAGGCACAGCAGUACCUGAUGGACAACCCCACCUUUGCUGAGGAUGAGGAGCUCCAGAACAUGGAUAAGGAGGAUGCCCUGAUCUGUUUUGAGGAACAUAUCAGGGCUUUGGAGAAGGAGGAGGAGGAAGAGAAGCAGAAAAGUUUGCUGAGGGAGAGGAGGAGGCAGCGGAAAAACAGGGAAUCUUUCCAGCUGUUCCUGGAUGAGCUGCACGAGCACGGGCAGUUGCACUCCAUGUCCUCCUGGAUGGAAUUGUACCCGGCCAUCAGCUCCGACAUCAGAUUCACCAGCAUGCUGGGCCAGCCUGGAUCAACAGCACUUGACCUCUUCAAGUUCUACGUGGAGGAUUUAAAAGCUCGUUACCACGACGAGAAGAAAAUCAUUAAAGACAUCCUGAAGGAUAAAGGGUUCGUGGUGGAGGUGAACACUUCCUUUGAGGAUUUUGUCACUGUCAUCAGCUCCACCAAGAGAGCCACCACCUUGGAUGCUGGGAAUAUCAAACUGGCUUUCAACAGUCUGCUGGAGAAGGCGGAGGCGCGGGAGCGCGAGCGCGAGAAGGAGGAGGCGCGGAAGAUGAAGAGGAAGGAAUCGGCCUUCAAGAGCAUGCUGAAACAGGCCACACCUCCCAUCGAGCUGGAUGCAGUCUGGGAGGAUAUCAGAGACAGAUUUGUGAAGGAACCAGCAUUUGAAGACAUCACCCUGGAAUCUGAAAGGAAAAGGAUAUUUAAGGAUUUCCUUCAUGUACUUGAGCACGAGUGCCAGCACCACCACUCCAAAACCAAGAAGCACUCGAAGAAAUCCAAGAAGCAUCACCGGAAGCGCUCGCGCUCGCGCUCCGGCUCCGAGUCCGAGGACGACGACAGCCACUCCAAGAAGAAGCGGCAGCGCUCGGAGUCGCGCUCGGUGUCGGAGCGAUCGUCCAGCGCCGAGUCCGAGAGGAGUUACAAGAAGUCCAAAAAACACAAGAAGAAGAGCAAGAAGAGGAGGCACAAGUCUGACUCACCAGAAUCCGAUGUGGAACGAGAGAAGGACAAGAAAGAAAGGGAGAGGGACAGUGAGAAGGAGAGAGCCAGACAGAGAUCUGAGUCCAAGCACAAAUCCCCCACCAAGAAACGGCCUGGGAAGGAUUCUGGGAACUGGGACACCUCAGGCAGCGAGCUGAGCGAGGGGGAGCUGGAGAAGCAGAGGAGAACUCUCCUGGAGCAGCUGGAUGAAGAUCAGUGAGAAGAUCCUUGAUACCAAAAAUGUUUACAGAACCUGCUGCAGGCUGCAGCUGCAGAGCCAGAGGAGGGAGGAGGAAGCAGCUCCAGCUCUGGUUUCCAGCCCCUGCACCUUCAGCCCUGCUCAGUGAGAAAAUCUGGGAAGCUGCUGUCCUUGGAAUAUUUUUGUACAUUUUUAUCAAUGAUUAAACCUUGUCUUUUAGCA